CUGCAUGCCCCCAUCUGCUCAUCUCAGGGUUAGCUCAGAGGCGGUGAGGAUGGAACCUUCAGUGGUCCUGCUACUCUUGUGUCUUCUCAGGACAGGUGAAGGCCUUCUAGUGUCAGAGGUGUCGGUCACUGCCACAGCUGGACACAACGUCACUCUGCCCUGCUGGUACUCUGUCCCCUUAAAUGGAGUUCGUCCUUUUUGCUGGAAGCACGGUGACUGCCCACCCACCAUUACAUUCACAUCAUGGUGUGGCAGUGAUGAGAUUUACAGUGAAGGUGACAAAGUGACCCGAGUGUCAGACAAGUACCAGCUAACUGGUGACAUUCAACAAGGUAACCUGUCACUGAUUGUGGUCAACGUCAGCAUGGAGGACAACGGGCCGUACUGCUGCCGCGUCCAUAUCCAAGGAAUUUUGAAUGACCAGACGAGUUCUGUGCUCCUCAUGGUGACUGCAGGUUUGACUUUUCAUUUCCUCUCCGUCUCUGACUGUCAGACAUUUUGUUACUCGGCGUCUGAUGUCCACAAUCCAAAGACUUGGUGAUUAAUGAAUGACUCAAAGGCAUAGCAGUGUUUGUAUCCAGCAGGGGGCGCUAGCUGCUUUGGAAUUUGGUCCUUGUGCAUGUAGUGAGAAAGCUGAUCCACCAC